AUGUUGGCGGGAGAUUUGAUCGCUAUAAGCAGUUGUAAGAGAGUGGAUGUAUACUACAUAGGUGGUCCAUGGGAGGAGAUGGAGAAACAAGAAUUUGCUCGUAUAUAUGCCAUUAUGGUCAUCAUCGUUACUAUGGUGUGA